GAAAACCCAAUUAAAGCCUCCUACCUUUUCACAUUCCUUGUUUCAUUAUUCACUUCACUUGAUCCAUAGCUUACAGCUGAUUUGCUAGAAAAUACUGAGAAAGUUUUAAAUCUUAAACAAUUUGGGAAAGAGGAAAAAAAAGAAGAUGAGGGGUUUCACACAUCUAAGCUUAGCUCUUCGUAACCAUUCUUCUUACUCUAAACUUCUGCUUCUCUCUUCUGUCAGUACUGGAGGUCUAUUGGUAUAUGCUGAAUCGCACAUAGAGGGCGGAAAACAAGUUGUCGAAGAGAAUCAAUCAGUGUCAGAGAAGAAGAGAGUAGUGGUGCUUGGAACAGGAUGGGCUGGUACUAGCUUCCUAAAAGAUCUUGAUAUUUCUUCCUAUGAUGUUCAAGUGGUUUCACCGCGAAACUAUUUUGCAUUUACACCACUUUUACCUAGUGUUACAUGUGGGACAGUUGAGGCACGUAGCAUCGUUGAGCCAGUUCGGAACAUAAUAAAGAAGAGAAGUGGAGAAAUUCAAUUUUGCGAAGCAGAAUGUCUAAAGAUUGAUCCAGAAAACAACAAAGUAUUUUGCCGCUCUGGUAUCAAUGAUAAUUUGGUGGGACAUAAUGAUUUCUCCCUACAAUAUGACUAUUUGGUUAUAGCUGUAGGAGCUCAAGUAAAUACUUUUAACACUCCGGGUGUCAUGGAACAUUGCCACUUUCUGAAGGAAGUGGAAGAUGCUCAAAGGAUACGGAGGACUGUAAUAGAUUGUUUUGAGAAAGCUGUCAUUCCUGGCCAAACUGAAGAAGAGCGAAGGACCAACCUCCAUUUUGUUAUAGUUGGCGGGGGUCCAACCGGAGUGGAAUUUGCUGCUGAGCUACACGACUUUGUUCAUGAGGACCUAGUGAAAAUAUACCCAUCAGUUAAGGAUUUUGUGAAGAUAACACUUGUCCAAUCUGGAGAUCAUAUCCUGAAUACAUUUGAUGAAAGAAUAAGCUCGUUUGCUGAACAGAAAUUUCAGAGAGAUGGAAUUGAGGUUUUGACAGGUUGCCGCGUCAUUAGUGUCUCUGAUCAUUCUAUCAACACAAAAGUAAAAUCUACAGGAGAACAUGUUGAAGUACCCUACGGGAUGGUUGUUUGGUCAACUGGAGUUGGUACCCGCCCAUUUGUUAAGGAUUUUAUGGAGCAAAUUGGCCAGGGGAAAAGACGUGUUCUAGCAGCUGAUGAAUGGUUGCGAGUAAAGGGCUGCAGCAACGUGUACACACUUGGUGAUUGCGCCACUGUAGAUCAACGUCAAGUAAUGGAAGAUAUUUCAGUCAUUUUUAAAGCUGCGGAUAAGGAUGAUUCUGGAACUUUAACCAUUGAGGAAUUCCGAGAUGUUUUGGAAGACAUAAUUAUCCGUUAUCCUCAAGUGGAGUUGUAUCUGAAGAGCAAACAUUUGUUAGAGGCGACCGACUUACUCAGGGAUUCAGAGGGAAAUGAAAGAGAGGAAGUAGAUAUUGAAGGUUUUAAGUUAGCCCUUUCUCAUGUUGAUUCACAGAUGAAGAGUCUACCUGCCACUGCUCAGGUUGCUGCUCAACAAGGUACAUAUCUUGCUAGAUGCUUUAAUCGCUGGGAGCAAUGCAAAAGUAACCCUGAAGGCCCUCGUCGUUUCAAAGGUUCUGGCCGUCAUGAAUUUCUACCCUUCAGGUACCGCCAUUUAGGGCAAUUUGCUCCUUUAGGUGGGGAGCAAGCAGCAGCAGAACUUCCUGGAGACUGGGUUUCUAUGGGUCAUAGCACACAAUGGUUAUGGUACUCUAUUUAUGCGAGCAAGCAAGUUAGCUGGCGCACAAGGUAUUUAGUGGUCAGUGAUUGGGUAAGAAGAUUCAUUUUCGGGAGAGAUUCAAGCCGAAUUUGAUGAGUUCAAAGCCGGACAUGAAGUUGUGGUUUUCAAAGAAUGCCAAAGCCUAAAGGUGCCCGGGCCACCGCCCCCUAACGUGAUUUCGCCUAUCUGAUGGAAAAAACUUACCUGCACUUGAUAUUUAUACCAAAUUAAUGAACAAAUGACAUGCGUCUUUUACAUGGUUAAUUUAUGUAUAUUUUCACUUCUAUAUGCUAGUAAACCAUGAUUAACUGAUUUAGUGUAGUGUCAAUACCAGUAUUAUAUUACUAGCCUUUCGUUUUUGUUUAUU